GUCCCUUAUGUGACCGUCCCUUCACCCCUCCUUUCAGAUGAGUCAGUCCCAGGAACUCCAACUCCUGUGGCCUCCAGACCUGCAAGCCCUGCCCUCCGGUGUGUGAUGGCUUCCGGCGUCUUCUCCCCGGGCCACCUGAGUUCAUCACAGGUGGCUCCAGGAGGCCAGGGGACUGGGAAGGAGGAACAGGUUUGUCAGUGAGUGGCUGGAAGGGUCUGGCUUCAUUGGGAAGACGGAGCCCUUUCUCUCCCACAGCUGGGACUGAGGAGGGUGUGCCAACCAGGCAGCAAGCCAGGUGCCUCGCUGCCUGCAGGGCAGCUUGUGGCCAGAGCAGCUCUGGUUCUGUGAAGAUGGGAAUCUCAGGGCAUGGGGUCUUGGUGUCUCUGCCCUGUUUUUUUUUCCUAAUGGCCUUUAGGAAGCCUGCUGCCAUGGGCCCGUGCCUCUCAGGAUCUGCCAUGCCAGCUGUGAAGAUGAGCAGGCCGUGACCCAGAGACUGCCUGGUGGCCUCUGUGGGCGAAGAGCUCUGUGAACCCAGAGCAACUGGCAGAGAGGCUUCCCUCCCAGGAGGUGAGCACCAGGCCCGCUGAGCCUCCCCGAGCUGCCAGCCAUGCCCGGGAUCGUGGUGUUCCGGCGGCGCUGGUCUGUGGGCAGCGAUGACCUCGUCUUGCCAGCCAUCUUCCUCUUCCUCCUGCACACCACCUGGUUUGUGAUCCUGUCCGUGGUGCUCUUCGGCCUGGUCUACAACCCACACGAGGCCUGUUCCCUGAACCUGGUGGACCACGGCCGCGGCUACCUGGGCAUCCUGCUGAGCUGCAUGAUCGCCGAGAUGGCCAUCAUCUGGCUGAGCAUGCGUGGGGGCAUCCUCUACACAGAGCCACGCGACUCCAUGCAGUACGUGCUCUACGUGCGCCUGGCCAUCCUGGUGAUCGAGUUCAUCUAUGCCAUUGUGGGCAUCGUGUGGCUCACGCAGUACUACACCUCCUGCAACGACCUCACCGCCAAGAACGUCACCCUGGGGAUGGUCGUGUGCAACUGGGUGGUCAUCCUGAGUGUGUGCAUCACCGUCCUCUGUGUCUUCGACCCCACGGGCCGCACCUUCGUGAAGCUCAGAGCCACCAAGAGGAGACAGCGCAACUUGCGGACCUACAACCUGCGGCACCGCUUAGAGGAGGGUCAGGCCACCAGCUGGUCCCGCCGGCUCAAAGUGUUCCUGUGCUGCACGCGGACCAAGGACUCCCAGUCAGAUGCCUACUCGGAAAUCGCCUACCUCUUCGCCGAGUUUUUCCGGGACCUCGACAUCGUGCCAUCCGACAUCAUCGCUGGCCUGGUGCUGCUCCGACAGCGGCAGCGGGCCAAGCGCAAUGCCGUGCUGGACGAGGCUAACAAUGACAUCUUGGCCUUCCUCUCUGGGAUGCCAGUGACCAGAAACACCAAGUACCUCGACCUGAAGAACUCGCAAGAGAUGCUCCGUUACAAAGAGGUCUGCUACUACAUGCUCUUCGCCCUGGCGGCCUACGGCUGGCCCAUGUACCUGAUGCGGAAGCCAGCCUGCGGCCUCUGCCAGCUGGCCCGGUCCUGCUCGUGCUGCCUGUGCCCUGCGCGGCCCCGGUUCGCCCCUGGGGUCACCAUUGAGGAAGACAACUGCUGUGGCUGCAAUGCAAUAGCCAUCCGGCGUCACUUCCUGGAUGAGAACAUGACAGCGGUGGACAUCGUCUACACAUCCUGCCAUGACGCGGUCUACGAGACACCCUUCUAUGUGGCAGUGGACCAUGACAAGAAGAAGGUGGUGAUUAGCAUCCGUGGAACUCUGUCCCCCAAGGACGCCCUGACGGACCUGACAGGCGACGCUGAGCGCCUCCCUGUGGAGGGGCAUCACGGCACCUGGCUGGGUCACAAGGGGAUGGUCCUGUCUGCCGAGUACAUCAAGAAGAAGCUGGAGCAGGAGAUGGUGCUGUCCCAGGCCUUCGGGCGAGACCUGGGUCGCGGCACCAAGCACUACGGCCUGAUCGUGGUGGGCCACUCCCUGGGUGCGGGCACCGCUGCCAUCCUCUCCUUCCUCCUGCGCCCACAGUACCCGACCCUCAAGUGCUUUGCCUACUCCCCACCGGGAGGCCUGCUGAGUGAGGACGCUAUGGAGUACUCCAAGGAGUUUGUGACUGCUGUGGUUCUGGGCAAAGACCUCGUCCCCAGGAUUGGCCUCUCACAGCUGGAGGGCUUCCGCAGGCAGCUGCUGGACGUGCUACAGCGGAGCACCAAACCCAAGUGGAGAAUCAUCGUGGGGGCCACCAAAUGCAUCCCCAAAUCAGAGCUGCCCGAGGAGGUGGAGGUGACCACCCUGGCCAGCACACGGCUCUGGACCCACCCCAGUGACCUCACCAUUGCCCUCUCAGCCAGUACCCCACUGUACCCGCCAGGCCGCAUCAUCCACGUGGUCCACAACCACCCUGCCGAGCAGUGCUGCUGCUGUGAGCAGGAGGAGCCCACGUACUUUGCCAUCUGGGGAGACAAUAAGGCCUUCAACGAGGUGAUCAUCUCGCCGGCCAUGCUGCAUGAGCAUCUCCCCUACGUGGUCAUGGAGGGGCUCAACAAGGUGCUGGAGAAUUACAACAAGGGGAAGACAGCCCUGCUGUCUGCAGCUAAGGUCAUGGUGAGUCCUACAGAGGUGGAUCUGACCCCGGAGCUCAUCUUCCAGCAGCAGCCGCUGCCCACGGGGCCGCCCAUGCCCACUGGCCUGGCCUUGGAGCUGCCUGCUGCAGGCCACGCCAACAGUAGUGUCAGGAGCAAGUCCCAGUCGGAGAUGAGCCUGGAGGGUUUCUCCGAGGGGCGUCUGCUGUCCCCCGUGGCCGCCGCGGCAGCCCGCCAGGACCCCGUGGAGCUGCUGUUGCUGUCCACACAGGAGCGGCUGGCGGCGGAGCUGCAGGCCCGGCGGGCGCCGCUGGCCACCAUGGAGAGUCUGUCGGACACAGAGUCCUUGUACAGCUUCGACUCGCGCCGCUCCUCCGGCUUCCGCAGCAUCCGCGGCUCGCCCAGCCUGCAUGCCGUGCUGGAGCGCGACGAGGGCCACCUCUUCUACAUCGAUCCCGCCAUCCCGGAGGAGAAUCCAUCGCUGAGCUCGCGCACCGAGCUGCUGGCGGCGGACAGCCUGUCCAAGCACUCGCAGGACACGCAGCCGCUCGAGGCGGCCCCGGGCAGCGGGGGCGUCACCCCCGAGCGGCCCCCGAGCGCGGCUGCCAAUGAGGAGGAGGUGGAGGCGGGCAGGGACGGCGGCGCACCCGCCCCGCGCAGCGAGCUGGCCCUGCACAACGGGCGCCUAGGGGACUCGCCCAGCCCCCAGGUGCUGGAGUUCGCCGAGUUCAUCGACAGCCUGUUCAACCUGGACAGCAAGAGCAGCUCCUUCCAGGACCUCUACUGCAUGGUGGUGCCCGAGAGCCCCACGAGCGACUACACCGAGGGCCCCAAGUCCCCCAGCCAGCAAGAGAUCCUCCUCCGGGCCCAGUUCGAGCCCAACCUGGUGCCCAAGCCCCCGCGGCUUUUUGCCGGCUCUGCCGACCCUUCCUCGGGCAUCUCCCUCUCGCCCUCCUUCCCGCUCAGCUCCUCCGGGGAGCUCAUGGACCUGACGCCCACCGGCCUCAGCAGCCAGGAGUGCCUGGCCACUGACAAGAUCCGGACUUCGACCCCCACGGGCCACGGGGCCAGCCCAGUCAAGCAGGAUGACCUAGUCAUCUCGGCACGCUAGCACACCCCCACCCCACCACCACAGCUGCUUCCAGCCGAGGGGCCCAGGGCAGAGUGUGGGGGCUCCACGUGGGCAUGGGGCAUCACUGCGCUGAGCUUGGGGGUCCGCAUCCCUACCUCAGCCUAGGACCCCCAGAGCCAAGGUGGCUGGGAUCUGGUUCCCCAUAUGAGGAAAGCUGGAGGAGCCCAGGACGACCUGGGGUGACUGGGCCAUCCUCAGUCUGACGGCACCUCUUGCCCUGCGUCAGGGCGUAGGACGCUGGCCACCCUCACUGCCCCUUGGCUGCAUUGCCCAGGCCACACCUUAGAGCAGUGCCUGCACAUAUACUGUCCUCUAUGGACCAGGUUGGCACCUGCCCUGGGCACCCCCCUCCUCGGGACUCCCUGCCCCACCCCACCAAGGUGGCCCACAGUACUGUAUGUGUUUACAGAAGCUGCUGGGCAGGCUCAGGGUCUGCCCUGGGCUUCUUGCAAGCCCUGUCCCCCCAUCUCCCUCCCACUGCCACCUACCUAGAAGCUGCCUCCCUACAGGGCCUGGGAAAGCCUGCUGGGGAAUGGGGUGAGGAUUAGUCCUUCUCUGCCCGUACCCCUUAACACUAACCCCGUGUCUGAGUCCUACAUACCCUGGUCUGCCCUGCUGCCCCCAGGGCUUCCAGCCUUGCAGAGGGUGGUGGGCACUGUUGGGGCACCCCUGGCUGCACGGAGCCUCCUGCCUCUGGGAGGCCCCACUCCUUUAUGCACCCAACCCCCAUACCUAGACAGCUCUGGGAAUCAGGCUUUCUUCCCUCCUACACCAGUGGUCCUGUGGACAGGAAGUGGGGUCAAGAGGGAGGGACUGUGGGACAUGGUAAGAUACCCUGCAGCCAGAUUAGGGGCCAGGAGGGUCAGGGGCUGCCCUGGUCUGCCCCCAGGCUCCCAUGGGGGCUCUUUCCCUGUUGGGUUUGGGAAGGUGGAUUCCUAGCCUUUCCCGAGAGUGGGCGUGGGGGAGGGCAUGCAUGCUAGCUAGCGUCAGGCAUGUGUGUGCAUGUGCGUGAGGAAGGGACUGCCAGGGGCCACCCACCUGACCUGCCCUGCUUGCCUGCUGCCCCUCGCAGCCUGCCGAGCAAACAGUGAACAGGACAGGGCCUGGGAGGCAAGGCCUCAGGACAGGCUCAGUUCCACACACCGCUCACCCCUCCUUGCUCACCUGCUGCCCCGACCCUUGGUUUGGAAGACGCCUGUACCACGGAGCAGGCACCCACCGCCUGCUGGUGCCUUCUCCUCCAUGGUCCCUCCCACUCCAGCCUCCCUGGGCCCGCUGGGCUCUCCUCACCCAUACCCCAUCUCACGAUAACUGGGACCUGGAGGCAGAACCCUGAUCUUGCCCCGCUCCCAACCUGGUUGUCUUGGAUGACAGCCCUGGGAGGACCUGCCAACCCCCCGGUGGAUGGGGACAGAGCGCCAGGAGCCAGGUGGUCUGCCACCUCUGUGACACUCCAUCCCGGCUGAGGCAUGGCGCCCAGCCCAGCACAGAAACAGGACGAAACCAAAGGCUCUCAGAGCAUAGAAAGAAUCUUAAAAGAAACUUCCCAACAAGCACCUAGCCAGUAGCUGCGAGAGACUCAGUGUCUGGCCUUUUAACUCCUCCUGUGCCCAAGUGUGUCCUAGGCCCUCUAGGGCAGGCAUAUCACGUGCCCGUGCCCAGGCCUGAGCCAUCAGGGACAAACACCCCAGCCCCAAGGCGGCAGCCAAGCUGCGUUGUCACGGGCUUGAGGCUGGGGCAUGCUUGGACUCAGCCCUGGACAGCCAGGGCCAGCCCCUCCCCACCAGCCCCAGAAAGAUGGGCCUGCUGCACGUUCCCUCCUCCACCUCAUGCCACAUCUCGGGGGGGUCUGAGCCACCCCCCUCAGCCCAGCUCGGCUCAGCCCGACCCCUACUCCGUCCCCCAGACCCGCAGCACAAGCUCUGCCAGCCACACGCUGGCCUGCCCUCCCGGGGCCUGGGUGACCUCCAUAUGCAAUGGGUAGCGAGCGCCGGGCCCCACACACACCUUGAUGCACUCUAUAUGUGCCAUCCUCCCAUGAGUUUUUUUUUUUUUUUUUUACUUAAUGUAUGAAAGAUCCACACUAAUAUUGCUGUAAAAAGGAGAGACAAAUUAAUAUAGCUUAUUCUAUAAAUAUAUCUGUAUAUAAUGGUUUCUGUAUAUUGUAUAGAGCUAUGUAUAAACUGGAUGUAGAAGCACA